GAUCUUCCAUUGCGCCGAAUGCAUGGAACAGCGUGCAGCUCCUCUCGCAGCCGUUUAUCAAUUAAAAUCAUGCGUUCCUACGUUACUAAGCUCGACGAAAACAAUGCUUGGCUGAUCUAAGCUCCGCCUGUCCCACGAUUGGUCGCCUUCAUGUGACACUUCGCGCCACCAACGACAAUGUCCACAUAGACCCGUCGAGAUCACCCAUUCAUAUAUAUUGUUUAGUGUGUUUCUAGUGUUCGAUGUCCCGUGACACACUAAUUUCAGAAAGCAUGAGCACUUCCCAGCCGUUACGGCCCGCCUUAAACUGGGCCUCAGUAGCAUCAUGGUUCUUCAAGCCAGAAAAUUCAGUUGCUUCGAAAAUGUCCACACCUCAGAAUAGUUCACAAGCGUUGACAAACAGUAUAGACAUAUCGAAAUCAGCAGUUAACGAAAAAAUUCAAAUACUCCAACCACCUUCACCGUCAAUUGUAGAAAAUUUCAACAGAAGUAAAUAUCAACCACCGAAAAUUUGCACGCCUGUUCGAUGCACAGUACCAACUUGCAAAUGUGAAAAUUUUGUUCCUGGAAAAGUCAGACUACGAUAUUGCGAGACCUGUAAUCACGGCUGGGUAGUACAUGCAUUGGACAAGUUGGGCCUGCGACAUCUCUUCAGUAUCAGUGCUCCUGAACCGGUGCAUGUGAAUGCUGCGUUCGACACAGCUAGUUUAAUUCUGUACGGAUGUCAAGCGUUACCGAUCCGACUCAAGAUUCUUCUCGAUCGAUUGUUUACUGUGCUCCAAAAGGACCAAGUGAUUCGAGUGUUGCAUGGAUUUGGCUGGACCAUCGAAGAUUACGCUAGAGGAUAUAUUGUGCAGGAGUCACACGGCAGCACUCUGGACCGAUGGAGCAUCUGUAAUCCCGAGGAGGAGCCUCUGGUCCUCCAACAAUUUCUCAGGUUCGGAGAAACCAGAGCCAUAACGCAACAACUCCUUCUGGCGCAACAGGCACUUCAGGACCGCACCCUGGAGCGUCUGGAGCGUCGACACUCGCCGCACCCACGGGCGAUGUCCCCUAGUCGCCGACCAUCGCCUCCCACCGCACCGCCAUCUGUCUUCCACUCGCCGGCCCAUGCUAUGUCACCCCAUCAGAAACAUCCUUUGAGCUUUCUUAAAAUGCCUCCUGUUUCAGCAGGGCCCAUGAAUUCCUCGUCUCCGCCGAACAACAUCAACAACAACCCGCUGAAUCGGCUUCAGAGCAUGCAGCCGUUUGAUUACGGCAAGUUGGGAGCUGCAGGACUGCCGACUUUUCCUAGCCGCGUCAGUCCUGACAUGGUGCGACGGCGGACUUCCGAAAACGAAUGCACUGGACUAAAUUUAAGCAUAUCAACUUCGUUACCUAACUGCUUGCCACCACAUCAUCCGACAUCUGCAGCUGCCAUGGCAUCAGCAAACGCUUUAGCUGCAAGCUUGGUUUCCUCAUUUCCUUCACUAAUGCCCACGAGGAUGUCCACGGGUAGUCGAUCUCCAUCGAACGCUGACAUAUUUAUUGGCAAUAAUAACAGUGAAGAGGAUGAUGAUGCAGAUGAGAAUUCUCAUAGUGCACUGAACCUGAGUCGAGAUAGAGACGCGAUGAAGACGCCUAAACAACCUCGGAUACUUCCGCCUAGAAAACCGUCUAUCGACAAAAGGCAAUGGGGGUCUCCUGGUUUACCUCUUAACUUAGGGACUCAGUUUAUUAACCCAGCGACAGGGAAGAAAAGGGUGCAGUGCAAUGUUUGCUUAAAAAACUUUUGCGAUAAAGGUGCAUUGAAGAUUCAUUUCUCAGCGGUACAUCUUAGAGAAAUGCACAAGUGUACAGUGGAAGGAUGUAACAUGAUGUUUAGUUCUCGCAGAUCUAGAAAUCGGCACAGCGCCAACCCGAAUCCCAAGUUACAUUCCCCGCAUUUGAGAAGAAAAAUAUCACCGCACGACGGGCGCAGCGCACAAUCUCAUCCGAUGCUCAUUCCUCCACAAACUGGACUACCUUUACCAGCUGCUGCUGCGGCAGCUCUAAACCCAUUACCAUUCAGCCCGUUUUCUUUAUUAACACCUACUCCCGAUAUGAAAUAUCAUCAGUUAGCCACAAUGGAUUUUAAAGCUAAAUUAGAUUUAUCUAUGCAAAGAAGUAUGGAAGAGAGUAAAAACAUAAUUAGAGAUUGCGGUGUCUUAGCUUUAACAACAUCCAAUCAACAGCAAUCUGAAGAAGAGGAGGAUGAAGAGGAAGGUAUUGUAGUUGUUGGAGGUGAUGAAGAUGACGAUAUUCCUCAAGAUAGGACUCUUCCUAUGGAAAUAGAACCAGUAAAGAUAGAAGUAAAAGAGUCAGUGAAGACAGAACCUGAGCCAGUAAAUUUACAGCCAACCAUCGAACCGGAACCGUCUAAGGAGAUAUUUGAAUCAGUCAGAGAAAAACAGGAGCCAGUGAAUAGUCCUCCGGUUUGCUUUCCACCAGUGUCAGAUCAGCCGGAAGACUUCAGUAUGCCCAGUAAGAAGCAGAAAAUGUCUAUAUCCGACGCAGACGAAGAGGUAACAAGUAAUGUCGAUAGUAACGAAGAUUCUUUAAGUGUAGUAGAUAAUCAUAGUUUAAAAGACGAACUGAAUAGUGUACAAACAAAUAAACGAAAGCGGAAGAGCCAGAAUCCAACCCGAUGCACAGUACCUGUUAUGAUGGAAGAUCCAACAAGCGACGGGGAUUCCUCGAGCGAUGUGUUUGCGGAACGCCUAGCAGAAUCAACUAGGAGACUAGAAGUGGAAUCCAAAAUCGAACCGAAAAAAGAAAUAAAGACGGAGAGCAGGUGCGAGUCGCCUCUAGACCUAGGCAAGCACAGUCCCGAUGUGAACGCCAACGAACCCGAAAAAAACAUCAGCAAUGAAAUAAAAACGUCACUGGCCCCCCUUUUUUCCAUCGACAAAUUAAAAAAAGAAAAGCUUUUUCACGAUUCUGAAGCAGCUGAAGAAAACGACGACCGUCCAGCGAGUUCCGUGGAAAGUAACAAAAGCGACGAGUCAUUUGAUUCAUCCAAUGCUCUUAGACAGUUAGAAAGUCUAUCUCACGGUCAUUUUAGCGAUUGGAUGUCAAAGGGAUUUCACCUAGGACUCGGAGGACCUGGAGCGCAGUUUCCUCACGUGGGGUUUAUGGUUGGAACAGGCCCUCCAAGCCCUGCUCGCUCCCAAGCCUCUUCAGCUGGUAGCAGUAACGGAGGCGAAUCUCCUGAUGAAAACAGCCAAAAUCAGUUUUUUGGGCAUUUCGAAAACGGUCAUUUUAUAAGCACUAUGGAUGUUCCUAUAGAUAAAGAUAAUCCACGACGUUGUACGGCUUGCGGGAAGAUUUUCCAAAACCAUUUUGGAGUAAAGACGCAUUAUCAAAACGUUCAUUUGAAACUGAUGCAUAAAUGUAACGUUGACGGAUGCAAUGCGGCCUUUCCUUCGAAAAGGAGUAGAGAUAGGCACAGUGCUAACUUAAAUUUACACAGAAAACUGCUUUCGACGUCUUCGGAUAAAGGUGGGUCUGGAUUAUCUCCGUUUCCCGGGUUUCCCAGCCCUGCUUCACAUAGCGAAUUCUUCAGGCUUUGCGCGGAGGAGGCGUUCAAAAAUCACCAUCUUCCUUCGAACUUAGACCAGCUAAUGUUAAACGGGGACCGACCUCCUAACCCACCUUUAUUGCUACCGCCUCCUCUAGGAGUUUUACCAUUUCCUUUAGGAAGUUUUCCACCGUUUGGCCAGUUUAACGGUUCCGCCAUGAGGAGAGAACGAUCUUCCACUUCUAGCUCUCCAGUUUCUUCAUCGCCGCCUCCGUCAAAUCAUCCACCCAACUCGCUGAAAUACGUUCACUGUGUUGAAGAGGACCUCCCUACGUUAGACAAAGAAGGAAAGCUUCCUUGUAGAUUCUGUCGAAUAUCGUUUGGGGCACCGUCUCAGCUCAAAGAGCAUUGCGAAAAGAACCAUUUGUCGGAAAUGUUCAAAUGCACCAUAAUAGGUUGUCCGAAGGUUUUUGCUUCAAAAACGAGAAGGAACAUUCACUCAGAGAACGAAUCUUUCCAUAUAAAUUUGUUGAAAAAGGAGUCAGAGGUCUCGUGACCUUUAAAUAAUGGCCUAGAUUUAAGGACUGUACCUCUAUGGUGGUGAUCGAUCUUCAAAGUAUUUUUAUCAACUGUUAAAUUCCUUUGUGAUUUUAGAAUAAUUUAGUUUUAUUAGUUUUAUUUUUCAAAGCCAGUUGUUUUUUUAUUUAUUAAUUACUCUUGUACAAAAUAAUUUCCUAUAUAUAUUAUAUAUAUAAAAAUUUUAGACGUGUAUAAAAUUUUACAUUAGCCAGUCAUGGAAAAAUACUCAUUUUUGUAAAUAUAUACAGUAGUUUUUAGCGAUCUCUAAUAGUAAGUCGUGAUUAAAUAUUGCUGUUCAUGUUAAACGGUUAUAUAUUGCUCAUUUUUAUUACCACGAAAUCAGUUUGUAGCAAUUCUAUAUUCAGAUCAUGUUUAAAAGAAAAAAAAGUAACUUUAAACACUGUGUGUUCGCUUGUAGAAAAUGAAAUACUACGUUACCUAUAAUAAAGGAUUGUUAUCCGUAUAUCUUACUGUGAAAUUUUUGAUCAAUAUUAAAACAUGUAUAUUUAAAUGUGCAAUAACUUUGUAUAUAAGCUAUCUCGUCUGUAUGUGUAUAGAUGUAAAUAACUUCGUCUAAAAAUAUAGAAUAAUGUCCUUAAGGUAUACGAACAAUAAAACAGUCCAAAAUUCAGUUUUACCAAUAGCAUUCAUUUUUGUUCGGGGGGUUUUCUCAUUCAAAAUUAUUUUAAAUUAUUUUCUCGUUUGUUAUUAUGCAUCAGAAACACUUUUUAAAUGUUUUUGUUAUUGCACCCUCUUAUGUACAGAAGUAUGUAUUGCCUCUGGGCAUAAUAAAAUAUAGCUGUCGUAUAAA